CACCGAUCGCAGCUGGCUGCGACCACUCCACUGUGCCUGGGAUGCACAUAUGCAAAAACUGUCUUCAACGGAGUUUGGAAAUACAGCUCUUUUCCUCGACUUUGGGGCCUCUGACAUGCCCACUCUGCCACGAGCAACUGUCGGACGACGAAGUCCAGCGAUGGGCUAGCAAAGGGACAUUCGAAGCCUAUAACCACUUGCGAACGCGGCAAAUGCUAGAAGAGGAUGCUGAGUUUGUCACUUGUGUUAGACAAGAUUGCGGAUAUGGGCAGUUACAUGCCGGUGGCUUAGAAGAUCCAAUUGUCGUUUGCGGCUCGUGUGGGACUCGGACGUGCUUCAUACAUCGGCAUAGUGUCUGGCAUGACGGUUUGACAUGCUCGGAGUAUGAAGAGUACAUUCGCCAUAGAAGUGAUGACCCCGAGGCACGUAGUGAGUUUCAGACAAGCUAUCAAAUACCUCCUAGAAUCCAUGCGCUGAGGCAUGAUCCAGAGGAUUGGUCCACCCAAGUGGCCAUGAGUAUGCGGACAAUUGCAGAGACAGCAAGGCCUUGCCCUGGUUGUAAUGUGGCCACAGAAAGAUCAGGAGGGUGCAAGCAUAUGACAUGUACGUGUAUCGCUCAUGGAAUCAAGAUAUCCCGAUAGCAGGAUUGCUGAUAUUUCUUCUGAUAGGUGUCUUAUGCCAGCAGGAAUGGUGUUGGGACUGCGGUAUUCGUUGGCAACGGGGGCACCUCGACAUUGAAUGUAUCCAGCCUCUGCGAUAAAUGCGAUACAUGCGAUGCACUUUUAUCAACCACAGAAUAUGUACUCUAGGGAACACAUACCUAGAUUCACUAUCUCCUACAUUUAUUUGUCUACGAUAAAGUGAUUAACAAGUAGGAAGGUCGGUUGAGUACAAACCCUAAUUCCGCGUUUCCUGUGCAUAUAGG